AUGUGGCGCCGAGGUGCACCUGUGGUUGCGGACGGUGAGGUCCAUGUUGAGAGGGUGGAGAAGAUCGUCAUCCUCAACGGGAUACCGUGGUCGCCGCCGCCGCUGCCGCCGACGAUGGUGGUGACGUCGACCACGCGCGGCGGCGUCAUCCAACCAUCACCGCCGCCGCCGGCAGGGCAGCACGGAAAGGAGCGAGACAUCAACGAGCUAGCUGAGGAGUUCAUCCGGAGGAACAGGGCGGCGUUCUAA